GCAGAAAUGUCUAAAUUCCAAUUAGAAAAUUAUAUUUUUUUUUUGACAAAUCAAAGGGAAGAACUCUAAAGGGCGAUUUGAAAGCAUAUCAACAAUAGCGUUGCUUUGACAGUUUGUUGAUGGCGGUCAUUACCAAAUAAAACAACAUAAUAUUAUUGUCAUAUUUUAAAUGUAUUAAUUUGUUUAUACUUAUGGAUAAUAUAAAUUUUGUUAUUUAAUUUUUAUUAAGAAUUUCAUUUAUAAAAUAAAUAAAAAAUAAAAUGAAUAAAAAUAAAUUACAAUGUGGAGUUCCACAAUGCAACAACUAUAAAGGCGGCACUAUAACUAUGCAUAAGAUACCUCGGGAAAUUUUAAACAACAAAAGCAAAAAAAGAGAAUGGAUGCGCGCUUUAAAAAUCAGAAAAGAUUUUCCUAACAACUUUAUAAUUUGCAAUGAACAUUUUGUUGAUAAAUAUCUGAUUCGUGUAUUAAAAAAAGACGAUAAACAAGGCAAAAAAUAUGUGCGUCUUUCAAAGAAAGCUAUACCAACUGAAAACUUACCGGAAUCAAUUGCAAAGUCAAAACAUCUAGCAAAGAACUCGCAAGAGAAUUUUCUAAAACGCAAACAUUUUCGCAAUGACAGUCCUGUAAAGAUAGUAAACGAACCCAUUCAUGAUGGCCCAGAUAUUGUUAGCGCCAGUACAGAAGCCAGUAAAUUUGAAAAUUCUCCGGAAUAUGAAACGCAGCAUAAAAAAUCCGUUAAUGACGAAAUGGAUGCAGAUGCGGAUGAUGAGGAAACUGUGGCUUUAACUUCUUCUCUUUUCAUCGAUUCGCCAAGUGAUGACGAUACUAAAAAUAAAAAUUUGGAGAGUUCAAAGGCUGCAAAUAAGGCAAUAUUGAAAAAGAGAAUUAAAAAAGAUAAGGCUAUUAAAGGAAGAAAAAAAAUUUUACCGAGGGAAAAUACAGAUGAUGGAUUAUUGAUUGAACAUGAUUUUUCAAAACAUGUGAAGCCAUUUCAAUUUGGAAGCAGCAAUCGUGCACCAGGUCAUCGACGUGAAAGAAAGAAUUUAAAUAAAGGUUCAGUAGCAGUUCUUAAAAAUUGGAUAUAUAAACAUCGUUAUUAUGCAUAUCCCACUGAAGAUGAUAAAAUGCAAUUAGCAGAGGAAACGGGACUGUCCCUCCUUCAAAUUUCAAAUUGGUUUAUAAAUGCACGAAGAAGAGUUUUACCUGAAUAUUUAAUGAAAGAAGGAUUAAUUUUAGGAAAAGAUAAAGCUGCUUUUAUUAUUAAAAAAAGGCCAAGAGCUGAAAAUACUGAAAACAAGGAUGUUAUUAAGAAAGAAAAGAGUUACAAAAAUGACGAGGAAGAUAUAAAUAAAGAUGUGGAUGUAGAGCCAAUUCGAAAAAAAGCUAGUGUGAAGCCUACCAAAAAAAAGAAAGAUGUAGAGCCAAUUCGUAAAAAAUUUGAUAAACAAGAAAUUCAACCAAAAGUUGGUACAGAUGAAAUCCGAAAAAAGGUUGAACCAGAGCUAAUUGGAAAAAAAAUUCAAGUGGAACAAUUAAAACAAAAAGCGGUUGUGGAGCCAGUUAGAAAACGAGAUGACAUAGAUUCAACCAAGUUAAAUAAAUUAGACAAAAUAAAAGAAACUGCUACAAAGUUAAAAGAAGAACCUCUUAAAGUGUCUUCACCUGAAGUGGAAUUAGAAAAUACUAAAAGAGAAAUCAUUUUUUCGUCAACUCAAGAUGGAGUUCGUCACGUCAUAGGUCACAAAAUCAUUAAUUUAGGAACGGGGAAAGUAAUAAAGUUGGAAAUAUAUAGUAAGCAAGGCUCCAAAUCAAAAACUGAUAUUGAAAAGAAAGGUGUUCAGAAAAAUUCAGCUGAAUUGGAAUUGAAAAAAAAAAAUUCAAUCCAAACCGAGAAUAAAUUUGGUUUCAAAAAAUCUCUUGAAGAAAAAGAUCCUUUACAAAUUGAACCAGAAGAUGUUAAAAUAUUUUCUACGUUGAAUGCAAGUGAACCUGAAUCAAUUGACAGAAGUGACAAGGAAGUGAUUGUCCUUGAAAACAAAUCUGGAAGUGAAGGUAGCUACAGCUUAGUACCCAAGAAAAUAAAUUCGAAUGAAAAUUUGAAAUCACGCAGUUCUUAUGAAAGCAAUAAUAAUAGCCCAAGUAGAAUUAAAGAAUUCGAUGAUAAGACUACAGAUGUUUCAGAAACAUCACAGUUAUUUAAAAACUCGAGUAGUGGUUAUAAUUAUAAAAUUAAUAAAAUUCAAAAUUCAAGGUUAUCGGAGUCAAGAUCACAUCCAAGUUCAAUUGUUUCGAAAAUUAAUAGCAAUAAAAUUAAAAUUAAACCAGUAGCAGCGUAUAAGUCUUCAUUUAAAUAUCAAACGAAAGAAAUUAAAUUAAAUACGUCUAUUAAACUCAAUCCCACAAGUCAAGAAAAGGAAAUCGAAGAAAUUACGCCACCUAAAGUUAAAUCGAAAAAAAUUGAGCUCAAAGAUAUUAAGCCAAGUAACUCCUUAAAAUCAGAUGUUAAAAGUAAAGAAAAAGAAUUUCAACCAAUUAUUACCUUUAAAAAUGUACUGAAAGAUCAGCAAAUCAAAGAUACUUCAUCAAUUAGAAAUGUAAAACCGACACUGAAGAGCUCGGACAAACAAGUUCAAAAGAAAAUUAUUCUUUCUUCAGGAGGAAGUAAGAAGGAGAUUAUUUUGAAGGAAAAAGUUAAAAGUAUAGACUCAGACAGGAAAAUAGAUCCCCCAAAUAUGAAUUUUGAAAAUGUAGAAACUUUCAGUAAUGAUGUAAGCAAUAGUUUUGCUAAUACAAAUUGUCGGGAUAUUAUAAUUAAAGGUAUAUGUAAACAAGCAAAGCGUGCAAAAUGUUUAUAUAUGUUAGUAGACGAUAAUGAAAGUGAUUCUGAUGUUGAAUAUUCGGAUAUUGAUGACGAUUAUUGUGACGAAAUGCAAGAAGAAAUUUUGGAAGAUGAUGAUUUCGAAUUUUAAUUUAUGGAGAAAAUAAAAUAUUUUUUCUAUAAUUAAAAUAUACAUAUUUAAAACUUUAAUGUUAUUAAUUUUUCGGAUACAAAUUACAUUCAUUUAAGAUUAGGUAUAUUAAAUUUUAAAAAUUUUAUGUAAAUGAGACAGUUAAAAUAGUUCUAUAAAAAAAAGUUAGUGUCGCGAUAUAUAUACAUACGUAAAUAAAAAAUUUUGAGUUAUUUUUUAGUUUGCAUGAAGAGAAAGAAAUUCUUACAAUCUAAUUUUUUUUUGUAAGAACGUACAUAUAAGAAUUUUAGUACAUCCGUUUCAAUUUCAAUUGUAUUUUUCUCAUUACUAAAUUCUAAAUUAAAUGUUUCAUAUUUUCCAAUAAUUUCCAAUGAAAAAGAAAAUUUGUAAAAACGGAAUGAAAUUUUGAAAAUAUAGUACAAUUUUUUUUCUAGUAUAACUUUUAAUAUGUAAGUCCUUGACAGUAUGGUUAGGUUAAUAUUUCAAUUGCUACUCUCAGCAAAACAUUCAGCCUCUUCAUUAUUCAUAUGUGUGAAUUCAACAAGUGUUUGUAAUUGAAAAUAUAUACAUUGUCUCAUUCUAAUAUUUUCUUUAAAAUGUAAACAGAAACACUAAAACAAU